UGGUGCAGGGGCCGUGUAUCACCCUGGCUGGCAGGCCGCCGCCGCUCCGCUGUCAGUAAUCAGCCGCAGGGCGCUGCGGAUGAUGUGAAUGCUGAGCGGAAUACGGCGUUUCUGUGUUCUUAGUUCCUCCGGAGCGGAGUAAAGGCUGAGAAGAUGAUUUCCCCCUGGGAGCGGCUUCACUCCACGCGCUGCUGUCUCUGCUGCCAUGUCCGGACCGGGACCAUCAUCCUGGGCAUCUGGUACAUGCUCAUCAAUGCUGUGGUGCUCCUUAUCCUCCUCACGGCACUCAGCGACCCAGACCAGUAUCACUUGACGAGCGCUGAGCUGGCCAAUGACCUGGAUGUGAUGGAUGACGCCAAUAUGUGCAUUGCUUCAGCAAUCUCACUGCUCAUGAUAGUGAUAUGUGGCAUGGCAACCUAUGGAGCUUACAAGCUUCAUGCUCCGUGGAUCAUUCCAUUUUUCUCAUAUCAAGUCUUUGAUUUUGCUCUGAAUUCUCUGGUGGCGGUGAGUGUGGUGGUCUAUCCCAACACCAUCCAGGACUAUUUACAGCAGCUGCCUGGAAACUUCCCCUACAGAGAAGAGAUCAUGUCCAUGAGCAACGUGUGUCUGGUCCUCAUUGUCCUUCUUUUUAUCACCAGCAUCCUUGCCUUUAAGGCUUAUUUGAUGAUGUGUGUGUGGAGCUGCUACAGAUAUGUGAGUGGUAGAAGUGCUGCAGAUGUCCUGGUGUAUGUCACCAAUACUAAUGACACCACGGUCCUGCUGCCCCAGUAUGAUGACACAAUGGCCCUUCCAGCCAAGCAAGCUCAACCUCCAUUCAUGCUGGCCUGAGUUCAUUGGGUGUAAAGUUCUGAAUCUAUGUAAUAAGACAUCCAUUCAGCAUUAUAAUAAUACUGGUACAUGGUGCUCCAGAAAAAAAAAACAUUUCAGAGUCCUUAGACCUCUUCAUACUAAGAACACUUUAGCUGAUUCUGUUUUAGAGGUCUGACACAGACUGAAUGUGUACUCUCCAGAGUAUUUCACUAUUCAGAUAUACACAUAUAUGGUAUUAAUUAUUGAUUUUUGAAUAAUUAAUAAUCAUUUUCCUAAUAGAUUCCUCUGCAAAGCCUGUUUAUUGUUAAUAGGCUAGAUGUUUUCCACAGACCAGCAGCCACCCCCUCAGUAACCAGAUACGCAAACAUAGAAUACAUAUUAAUGCUCAUGUUUAUGUAUUUAUUAUGUGAUUCUGUGUGAUGACUUUCUGAUUAUACUCUUAUAGUAACUUCUUAAGCUGACUGCACUUUAGAAAAGAUGAUUAGUGAUGAGUAUCUGUCCCAAAGACGGACACGUUCUGUCUCACUCACUUGCACACUUUGCACUGAUUUUGAACAUUGGUUUUAAUAAUCCUGUAGUCGUUGUCUCAAGUGUAAUACGUUGUUAUUCUGCGUUUAUUCAUGUUGCUGUGAUUUAAUGGAUUUAUCUGGAUUCUUCUUUCUGUAAACUGGAAGGGAAUAGUCACUGUGAAGGAUCAGAUUUUUGUAAUAAACAGGUUGAUCCAUAUUUGAACAGGGUAAAGGCUCCUGCUGCCCACAGUUUGUGAUGUUUGUGUGAUGUGAUUCUAACUUGAGGUGUUUGACUACGUUUUUGUGAAAUAAACUGUUUUAAUCUUAAAACAUU